AUGUCUCCCCCGGGGGACGCCAGAGAGCCUCUGGGUGGCCACAGCGGCAGUAAAACUCAGGGGGUCAGCGGUUCAGGUGGUCAGGUGGACGCCCUCAUGCUGGAGAGUUCCACGUCCGUCACCUCCUCCCUGCUGGAAUAUAAUGUUCUGCUCUCCGGCCUCAUCGGAGUGGUGUCGUGGAAGAGACCGCUGUCGCUGGUGAUCACAUUCUUCAUGCUGCUCUCUGCAGUCUGCGUGAUGCUCAACCUGGCCGGCUCCAUCCUCUCCUGCCAGAACGCUCAGCUCGUCAACUCUCUGGAGGACUGUCAGCUGCUCAAGUUUGACAGCGAUGGAGUUUGUGUUUGCUGCGAGCUGCAGAAACAGAGCUCGAGCUGCAACAACCUGGGAGAGACUCUGAAGCUGAAUCCACUGAGGGACUGCAACACCAUCCGCCUCCGUCUCAAGGAGCUGCUCUUCAGCGUGUGCGCCCUUAACGUCAUCUCCACCAUUGUGUGCGCUCUCGCCACUGCAAUGUGCUGUAUGCAGAUGGUCUCCACUGAUGUGCUGCAGAUGUUUAUGCCGCACAGAGCGCGAGCCCUGAACGCGGACUGCAUGACCCCCCAUGGAACCAUCCUCCACCAAACACUGGAUUUUGAUGAGUUCAUCCCCCCCAUUCCCCCGCCGCCGUACUACCCCCCGGAGUACACCUGCACCCCCUCGAUGGACGGGCAGAGAGGUCUGCAUCUGGACUUUCCCCACUCGCCCUUCAGUGCCAUCUACGGGGUGCCGAUCAACAGCCCGGGGACGCUGUACCCCACAGACCUGCCCCCCCCAUACGAAUCUGUGGUGGGUCAGACCCCCGCAAGUCAGGUCACCACCAGCAAUGAGCAGCAGGCCACCGAGUCCAGUUUAUGCGAGAGGAACACGACAGCAGGACUCAGCACUCAGGCCUCGGUGGACAGUGCCUCGCUGAUGGUGUCAGAGGUGGCCGAUCAGGACCAGACCUGCUCCUCGGAGGACCUGUGCUCCCUGGAGGUCCAGGGCUCGGACUCCUCCCCCUACGGAACACUCCACACGGCCCCCACGGAUGGAAGCUGCACCAGCCUGGAGCUCUGCACGCGUGACUCCUCGCGGUGCCGCCGUAGCCUGCCUCACGCCGACGCCCGUCCCAGCGAUACCGGCUACAGCGAGUCCUCGCACACCCAGGAGUCGCUGGAACGCUCUCCAGACUGGUCCUCGGAAAACUUUAGCAAUCUGGACCAGGAGGACUCGGCAGAGAACUCGCAUCCAUCCGAGGACCUCAGGGCUUCGAUGCACAUCAGUGACGAGCUGGCAUCGGCCAAAAAUUUACCGGAGGAGCCGCCUAAACCCUCCACACACUCCCUCAUUAAAGCACGGAUGAUGAGCAGGAAGCUCACGCUCCCCGUCACUAUCCCCCCGCCGCCGCAGCCUUGCUCCCCCAUCUCCGUGGCUUCCUCCGGCGGGACGUCGGCGAUCAGCCCUCUGGCUCCCUCUCUGUCCCCGUCCCCUCCCACCAGGCCCCGGGGCCCCAGGCUGUGCUUCAGCGUUUGGUCGCCCUCAUCCACUUCGCAGCCCCCCUCUACCUCAGCCCAGAGUGGCCCCUCGCCCUCGGAGAGGCCCCGGGGGCUCCGGGCAGCCAGGAGGUAUCGCAAACUGGCUCGCAUUGUCCGCUCCACCAGCGACCCCAUCUCCUGCUCCACCACCACAGGAAGAGAAAAUUGUGGCUCGGCCUCAGAAAAUAACCCAGUCGCUGAGGAUUCAACCCAUACAUCACCAGAACAGGAGCCAAGAGAUCAUUCGGCUGAGGUGGUCGGAGCCAAGCCGAGUCAUAUAUGCUUCAGAAAGCAGCAAAAGGAAGGCAGGAAAGUCGACAUCCACCUGAAGCCUCGAUCUCUCAACAUGCACUCCUCCAACGAACGCCCACACUCCCUGGCUGACCUUAAGAUGUACAAAGACACCAAAAUAUUAGUGGCUAAGUUCCUGGAGCACUCGAGCUGCAGCCUACCUCCUGAGGUCCAGCAGGUUGUCAACAACAUCAAGUGCGUCAUUAAAUCAGAUGAGAAACACAUGGAGGAGGCCAUCUUCAGCGCCAACGUCAUAGAUCAGGUGAUGACCCAGAGCAUCAUCGGCAGUCCCAGGAAGCGCGGCCACGAGGACCUUCACCUUCAGAGCUGCGGCGCUUUGAGCUCCUCUCCCUCCCCUUCCCUGCGCCGUCCCAAACACCUCCCACAAACAACCAGCGCGACCCCCAACUCCCUGGAUUCCCCCACCACUGAACAAAGCCUUGAUUGCAGGGAAACUAUUCUCUGACCCUUCUCCCCUUGAAGACUUUCGUUGAAACUCUGAGAGCGUUUCAGGGUGACGGUGUUGCAGACACGCUGUCCCGAGCAGCCGAUGUCCGCGGAGUGCUUAAUAGCUCUUCAGGCGUUUGUAAGAUCGUUUGUUCCUCGCACAGUGUGACUGCAGGACGGAGCAACUGAAAUGCUGUCGUACUGUAUCUCCUAGUGCCCUGUGAGACCGUGCCAAGUCAUCAGCAGAAAUGGUAGCAAACUCAGACUGAGCCUGCCAGUGUCUGUAGUGGCUUCUUUCUCAUCAGAAAAACAAAAGAAUGUUUCUCCCUCAGGGGACCUUUUCUACCGAGUUUCAUCUCUUAAAAAAGAAACAAACACACAGCUGGUACGUUUGGAUCUGUGACCGAAAGACAAAGGAGGUUGUGUUAUCAGUAUUCCUCUUGUCCUCAUGCGAAACGGAGCGAAAUAUGUUUGUAUUAAAACUGUGAACUGACUGGGCAUUACUCGCCAUUUGUUUGCAGACUUUGUGGAAUUGUUACUGAUAGGGUGGUGAAUAUUUUGUGGUUGAAGAACAUCACAGAUGUGGAUUAUAUAACUUACCUCAUUGUGUUACAAUUCUUAUCAGUGUUAUA